UGCAGAGUAGGCUAGGCUGCAACCCGUAGGCGGAGUCGGCUCAAGUGGGCCUGUCUCUCCGCUUUUAAUACAGAUGCGAUCCUCUGUCCGCCUGGCGUCCAGCACCGAGCGAGGCGAGCGAACAGCAGGCAGCGGACGUACAGAGAGAGAAAGAGAGAGACCGGCAAAACAACACCAUGACAGCACCGAACACAUACGACGUAAUAGUGAUCGGAGGAGGAAUAUCAGGGCUGAGUGCAGCUAAGCUGUUGAAGGAGAAAGGGCUGAGUCCUGUGGUUCUGGAAGCUAGAGAUCGGGUUGGUGGACGGACCUUCACCGUACGGAAUGAGCAGACUAAGUAUGUUGACCUAGGUGGGGCCUACAUCGGGCCUACACAGAAUCGGAUCCUCCGAUUGGCUAAAGAGUACGGAGUCGAGACCUACAAAGUCAACGAGGAGGAGAGGCUGGUGCAUUAUGUAAAGGGAAAGUCCUACCCAUUCAGAGGCUCCUUCCCCCCCAUGUGGAAUCCAUUUGCCCUGAUGGACUACAACAACCUGUGGAGGAAGAUGGAUGAGAUGGGCAGCGAGAUCCCCAGAGAGGCUCCAUGGAGCGCUCCCCAUGCUGAGGAGUGGGACAAGAUGACCAUGAAGCAGCUCUUUGACAAGAUCUGCUGGACCAGUUCUGCGAGGCGGUUUGCCACUCUGUUUGUGAACGUGAACGUGACCUCUGAACCCCACGAGGUGUCGGCCCUGUGGUUCCUCUGGUACGUCAAGCAGUGUGGAGGGACCAUGAGGAUCUUCUCCACCACCAACGGAGGACAGGAGAGGAAGUUUGUGGGCGGUUCCAGCCAGAUCAGUGAGUGUAUGGCCAAGGAGCUGGGUGAGUGUGUCAAGAUGGAAUCUCCCGUCUACAGGAUCGACCAGACAGGGGACAUGGUCGAGGUUGAGACUCUCAACAAGGAAACAUACAAGGCCAAGUAUGUGAUUGUGGCAACCGCCCCUGGUCUGAACCUGAAGAUGCACUUUAACCCCGAGCUGCCCCCGCUCAGAAACCAGCUGAUCCACAGGGUCCCCAUGGGCUCUGUCAUUAAGUGUAUGGUCUACUACAGAGAUAACUUCUGGAGGAAGAAAGGGUACUGUGGUACUAUGGUGAUCGAGGAGGAAGAGGCCCCCAUCAGCUUGACUCUGGAUGACACAAAGCCUGAUGGGACUGUGCCUGCCAUUAUGGGCUUCAUCCUGGCCCGCAAGUGUAGGAAGCUAUGUGAACUGUCCAGAGAGGAGAGGAAGAAGAGGAUCUGUGAGAUCUACUCCAGAGUGCUGGGCUCAGAGGAGGCUCUGCAUCCUGUGCACUACGAGGAGAAGAACUGGUGUGAGGAGGAGUAUUCUGGAGGCUGCUACACUGCUUACUUCCCCCCUGGUAUACUCACCCAGUACGGCAAGGUUCUCAGGAAGCCAGUAGGCAGACUGUACUUUGCAGGCACAGAGACAGCUACUGAGUGGAGUGGCUACAUGGAGGGGGCUGUUCAGGCAGGGGAGAGGGCCGCCAGAGAGAUCAUGUAUAUGAUGGGCAGGAUUCCUCAGAAUCAGAUCUGGCAAACAGAGCCUGAGUCAAUGGAAGUCCCACCACUGCCAUUCGUUACCACCUUCUGGCAGCGGAACCUCCCGUCGGUGGGUGGGUUCAUCAACUUCCUGGGCGUAGCCUCUGUCCUGUCUGUUGCCACGGCAGCAGGCCUUUUGGCCUAUAAGAAGGGGCUUCUCACCCGGAGUUAAACCUAAACCCCUCCCACUUUCCUCCUUCUUCUCUCCUGCAUCUCUACAGAGCAAUUCUCCAAUGGCACCCUAUUCCCUUUACAGUGCACUUCUUUUGACCAGAACAAGAGUAGUGCACUACUUUUGACCAUAUAUGGCUAUGAUUCUAAAGUAAUGCACUAUAUAGAGAACAGGAUGCCAUGUUAGACAUAGCCACUGUGUGUUAUAGGCCUUGGUAAAGACUGUUUAACCCUGUCAUUCACUACUGUACCAUCGCCCCCAUCCAUUGUUCUAAAACUAGUGUAAACAGUCUCCCAACAGACCAUCUCUCAAGACCAACUCACAAUAAUGUUGUCUGUUCUGCUAAGAUUUGUGUCUUUGACACCUCAGAUUUGCAAUGGAAGAUGUGAGUGGAUAGAGAGAAAGAGUGUGUGUGUGAGAGAGAGAGAGGGGGGAGUGAGAAAGAGAGCAAAAUAAACCAAAAUAAGUCUGAUUCAGACUCUUUAACCAAUGAAGGAUGACAACUAAAUCAGAGUUAUUGAAAAAGAAAACAGUAGCUUUUCUGAUGACCAUUAUCAUUCCAGAAAUUGCCAAUAAAUUCACAAACCUGCGUUGACUGUUU